AUGUUUUCUCCAAGCAGCAGGCACUUGCUCUUUUCAACGCAGUUGAGGCGUCUUCAGAGCACCUUGGUAGUAGCAGAGCACAACAAUGAAGUUCUGUCACCGGCCACACAGAACACUUUGAGUGCUGCCAAGAAGAUUGGUGGUGAUGUGGCUGUGCUGGUAGCUGGCACCAAAUGUGGACCCGCAGCCCAAGCAGUAGCUAAAGCAAAUGGCAUUUCCAAAGUGUUGGUAGCUGAAAGUGAUACAUUCAAGGGCCUCACUCCUGAGACUCUGACCCCUCUCAUCUUGGCCACCCAGAAACAGUUCAACUUCACCCACAUUCUGGCCCCAGCCACUGCUUUCGGCAAGGCUGUUCUACCCAGAGUAGCUGCCAAACUUGAUGUCUCACCCAUCACUGAUAUCAUUGGAGUUAAGGAUGCUAACACCUUCAUCAGAACUAUCUAUGCAGGUAAUGCAGUCCUCACAUUGGAAGCUAAGGAUGCUAUCAAGGUGAUCACUGUCCGUAGCACAGCAUUCCCUCCUGAACCCCUGGAAGGUGGCUCUGCAGCUGUAGACAAGGCACCAGAGGGUGACUACAAGACUGACCUCGUACAGUUUGUCUCUCAGGAGCUUGCCAAGUCUGACCGACCUGAACUCACCAGUGCCAAGAACAUUGUUGCGGGUGGUCGUGGUCUGAAGUCAGGCGAUAACUUCAAGUUAUUGUAUGACCUUGCCGACAAGUUGAACGCCGCAGUGGGUGCCUCCAGAGCAGCCGUAGACGCUGGCUUCGUAGCCAACGACCUGCAAAUCGGUCAGACCGGCAAGAUUGUUGCACCUGAUCUAUACAUCGCUGUAGGUAUCAGUGGUGCUAUCCAGCAUUUGGCUGGUAUGAAGGACUCCAAGACUAUUGUCGCUAUCAACAAGGACCCUGAAGCACCUAUCUUCCAGGUCAGUGACUAUGGUCUGGUAGCCGAUUUGUUCAAGGCGGUUCCUGAGCUCACUGGCAAGCUGUAA